CCGGACAAAGAUGUGUCAUCCUCAAAUUUACAUUACAUUCAUAUGGACCAAGUGUACGAAUUACUUUACAAUUCGAACGACACGGAGAAUGAAGUAAACUUCGUUGAUAUGGGUCGUCAAGGAGCGUACGGUAUGAUUACUGAACUGGCAGAGUUUACCCAAAUGUUUUGCUUUGGACAAAUAACGUCAAAGGGAUGGAAACAGUUGGAGAAUUAUCCAAAUGACUUUAAGUUCGAUUUAAUCAUCUACGAUUACGUAAUGGGCGGGUGCCUGAUUGCAUUCGCGAAUAAAUUCAUGGAUGUUCCAAUAAUCGGUGUGACUGCAGCGAAUGACAAUUUCAAAGUAAACCUUUUUUCUCCGCACGCAAUUGUACCGGCCAUCAGUCCCUACGCGUACAUCGAUCAUGAUCCGACAACAUUCCUGGGCCGAGCCUUCAACUUUGCAGUGCAUAUGGCAGAUAGAGUUUGUACCCAGUACCAUACAAUUCCGAAAGUCACAGCCCUCAUACGCGCAUCGACUUCGUUUACUGAUUCGCCCAGUAUGUUGGAAUUGGGAUCGAGAUCCAUUCUGUAUAUGACCAAUUACGAUCCAUCGGUUGACGGGAUACAACAACUUCCGCCGAAUGUAAUUCCAGUUGGUGGACUACAGAUCAAACCGGCAAAUCAGUUGCCAGAGGAUCUUCAAUCACUCGCCGAUGGUGCCACAAAUGGACUUAUACUAUUCUCGUUGGGCACAAACGUGAGAGGGGAAAUGUUGGGCAACGAGAGAGUAACCAACAUUUUGGAGUCUUUUCGAAAACUUGCGAAUUACAUUAUCAUUUGGAAAAUUGAUUUAGAAGAAUUUCCAGUACCAUUGCCAUCGAAUGUAGUCGUACGCCGAUGGGUUCCUCAAAAUGAUAUUCUUGGACAUAAAAAUACCAAAUUAUUCAUCACCCAUGGUGGUCUGCUGAGCACACAAGAAUCUAUUUAUCACGGCGUACCAAUGCUCGGAAUACCGAUAUUCUUCGAUCAAUUCACGAACAUUCGCAGAUCGGUUGCUAACGGAUUCGCCGAUGUGCUCUAUGUGAACGAUAUCUCCACUGAAAGCCUAUACACAAAACUCGACAACUUACUAACCCAGCCAAAGUAUCGUGAAAAAAUUGAGCGUGCGUCGGCAACGUUCCGUGAUCAAAAAGAAACACCGCUGGAACGUGCAUUGUGGUGGAUUGAUUGGGUGCUGAGGAAUCCGAACACCGACCACUUUCGAUCGAAGAACAAUUUGCACUUCUUGCAAUUGGAAUCAUUUGACGUUAUCGUAUUCAUCACGGCUGUGCUACUCAUGAUCGUUUACGGAUGUGGAUGGUUCGUCAAGAUGCUUGUUGGGUGUAUCGUUGGAAGUGGAAAGUCCAAUAAAAGUAAAAGAGAUUGAACUUUUGUUGAGUAUUAAGUGUUAGAACUUUCAGGAUCCGUGGAUGAGACUACGCCAGACCGAAAUAGUAAGACGUCUGUUUUAGAGUAAUGACCUAGAGACAAUGUUUAUUCAAGCUCUAUAUAAUGAAAUGACACCAAUGAUAACGGAUGGGCAUGACGUUGUUAACGUUAGAAGCUACGAUGAUAAUUCACAAUGACAACACUCCCUCUUAAUGUUAACUAAGUCAUCAAAAAAUAAAAUUCAAGAAAUUGAUCGACUAGAAAUUCUAAGAUGCAAACACAAAAAAUAAUUCAAAAUAGCUAAGCCUGAAUGCAAAGAAUUAAAUCAAAAAUCAUACCCAAUCCUUCAGCACAAAACAAAUGUUUCUCUUGGUUCAAAGAUUUAGAUAAAAUAUCAGCCAACAUAUCCUCAGUCGGUAAAUG